GAGCAAAGAAACCCAAGCCCGGCAGCACCCAUCCCUUUGAGAAACCAGUGAGAAAGCUUGAUUUUUGCCCUUCUUUUCUUGUUCAAGAACAAGAUUUAAGCUUGGAAAUCUUCCCCCCCCCCCCCUUCUGCAAAAUUUCAGAUCUGCUCUGCUCUUCCUCCCUUGUCCAUCGGUGCUACUAGGCACAAAUUUCUAGGCUUUUUCUGCCCCGUGAGCUUCCCCUCCAACUCCCGCAGACUACCAAGCUCGCCAGACCCGGUUUGCUGGCCGAAAAUUUGGAAUUUUUCCUUCCAUGCCGCCGGCCUGCCCCCCAAAUUGCAGCUCCGGUUUUUGCUGCUAAAUUCUGGUGUUGUUAUGGUUUAGAGCACUUGGAUUGAGUCUUCGGUUUUAUGCGAGUGAGGAUCCAGUCAAAUACCCAGAUGAUAUGAGUCAAAGUUUCAAGAGUUUUCUGAAAGGAUUGCUCAAUAAGGAUCCUCAAAAUCGACUGACAUGGCCUGCAUUUCUUGAACAUCCAUUUGUUAAAGAAACCUCCAAUGAGUUGGAGGCUCGGGUAACAACUUGAUUUUACAAUAUGUUUUUGCUUAGUUGGAAACAAAAAAGUGAUGAGAAACUGUAAUACCCCAAAAAUUUUCUAGAACAAUUAAGUGUGAGCUAGGGA